AUGUGAAAUGGAAAUACGUGUCCUGUCACUUGUCCCGUUUAUGUAGUGAUAUUGGUGUUGAUUUUUCUUUCCGUUAAGUUCUAACGUUAUUGUUUGAUUUUUUUGCUCAUCAAACUAUGCACUGUCUGUUAUAAAAUGUAUACAGCUUUCGCUAUUUCUCUUGUUUUUCUUGGCUGCUGCAGCAACGUAGUGUUUUUGGAACUUUUAGUAAGAGAUUUUCCAGGAUGUGGAAACAUUGUGACAUUUGCCCAGUUUUUAUUUAUUGCAUUUGAAGGUUUUAUCUUUGAAUCCAAUUUUGGAAGAAAAAAAACAGCAAUUCCACUAAGAAACUAUGCAGUUAUGGUGACCAUGUUCUUUGCAGUGAGUGUCAUAAACAACUAUGCUCUUAACUUCAACAUUGCAAUGCCUUUACAUAUGAUAUUCAGAUCGGGAUCACUGAUUGCAAAUAUGAUUCUUGGAAUCAUUAUAUUAAAGAAAAGAUACACUGUUUCAAAGUAUGUUUCCAUAGCACUUGUGUCAUUGGGGAUUUUUAUUUGUACUCUAAUGUCUGCCAAACAAGUGGCCUCUUCUUCAGAAUCCAGUAAAGAAGCUGGUUUCUGGUCUUUCCUACAUUGGUUGGUUGGCAUUGCUAUGCUGACAUUUGCUCUACUCCUCUCUGCAAGAAUGGGAAUCUUUCAGGAAACAUUAUAUAAAAAAUAUGGAAAGCAUUCCAAGGAAGCAUUAUUUUACAAUCACUGCUUACCUCUGCCUGGCUUCCUGCUUCUUUCUAGUAACAUCUACAAACAUGCUGCUCUGUUUUCUCAAAGUGCUCCAGUUGAAAUUCCCAUCAUUGGUACAACAGUUCCUGUAAUGUGGUUAUAUCUGUUAAUGAAUGUUCUAACCCAAUAUGUUUGCAUUCGAGGUGUUUUUAUUCUAACUGCUGAGUGUGCAUCCUUAACGGUCACAUUGGUGGUGACACUUCGAAAAUUCAUUAGCCUUAUUAUCUCAAUUAUUUAUUUUAGAAAUCCAUUCACAGUCUGGCACUGGCUGGGAACAUUAGUAGUGUUUAUUGGAACUCUAAUGUACACAGAAGUAUGGACUCUAUUCUCAUCAGAGAAAAAGCAAAAGAAGAAGGAUUGAACUUUAUGAUAUUUACAUAUGAUUUUUCAUGUUUUAUGACAAAAGGUAUAAUUAAAAAUUUGUUUUAAUUUUUAUUGGAGAAAACUGCAUCUCAGCAGUCCUUAACUGAAGUCUUAAUUUUGGUAAAUUGUACAGUUUAUAUUUAGUAAUAAAAAUGCUCUCAUAAGAAGAUGAACAAUACUAUCCCAAGUUUUAUUUCCUAAGUAUAUUUUUAUCCCAUGAAACAAAUUACAGAAUCAUUUAUUUUCCAUCUACAAUUAUGCAGUAUGUGCAUAUGUUAACAGUGUGUAUAGAUGUGUUUUUUAAGUAUGUGUGUACUUGUGCUUGGUGAACUUACACUGACAACUAAAAUGGUGGCUUUUUAAAAUAAUUUCCCAUGAUCAAUACUGUUAGUCCUAUCCCAUAACCACCCCGUCCCCACUGUAUUGCUAGUGCUAUUAUUGUUUAAAAUUCAGUUGUGUUGUACAUUGAUCCAUGUAAGCAUCUUAGUGACAGGAAAAAUCUGAAUUUUAAAUCAAGAAAGUUGCCCACAAUUUCUUAUGAAGAUUCUAUUAUGUAUUAUAUGACUAUAUAUAAUAGUAAGAGGAAGAGAGAGAUCAACUUUGUAACCCUGAAAAAAUUGUGCGUGAGAUAUACAUACCUACAGACAGACAUAUAUUCAUAGAGACACGUAUAGCAGUUUAUGAUAAAAUUGUUGGGAUUGGCAGGCUACUCUGAUAAUCAAUAUAGAAUGUUUCAUAUUAAAUAAUUUUUGCUGCUCUAAAGAAUUAAAGGUACAUGGAUUACUCAGGAAAAAAUGAUCAGAUAUCAGUUAAAUCCAACAUAGUUGGAUAUUGCCCAGUGUCUUUGUAGGUUACUUUAAUUAAUAAGUUAAUUUAUUGUUUUCAUAGGUAAAGUACUGUUUUUACAUUACCUCAUGCACAUAUGUGAUGGUUUUUUUCAUGUCAUUCAUUUACAUUAGCUUUGUAUUGGUGUUUUAUUGCAGGCUUCAUUUUUUUGCAACUUUAUUAAGUCGAUAGGUUAUUGUUACUGCUUAUAUGACUUAUUUAUGCUACAUAAGUAACAGAUUUUACUGUAUAAAUUGUCUUGUUUCUGUUUUUUUUCUUGAGUUUAAUACUUGACAAUGUACCGAAAAACCUGUACAGUAGUUGUAUCCCGUGUAUAAAUUCCUUGUUUUACCAAGUUUUAUACAGUAUGUGUACAGUAUCCAUUUUCAUUUAUGACUAGAUUGGGAAUUCUAUUAAAUGAAGCAAAAUGCAAUGAAGCAGUAUACAGAAGCUAUUGGAAAUCUAUAGCCCCAGAUGUGUUUUAUCGUUAUAAAUUAAUACCUCAGAGUAUCAUACAUUUAAAGUAAAUUAAUAUGUUUAUGUGUUAGGCUGGACACAUUUGUCAAUGUUUUUUGGAUGUACCUUUUGGUAGCUGAACUAUGUAAGUUUUAUUGUCAAUAUAUACAAGUAGCUGUUUUUAAUUAAAAACUGUUUUUGUCCGGGUCUUUAAUGAGAGUUGACAAACAGCACUUGGUUUAGAUAAUGUCCAUGAUUGGCAGUUUAUUUAUUAUUUUUAUGUAUUAUUAUUUAGUUUUAUUAUUUUAGCUUUUUGUACAGUCCAGUAAGUUGAAUCAUGUUCCUCUAGUAUGUUGUCAUGCUGAAAGAUGAACAUUUAUGUCUUUUUUUGGUGUGACAUCAUGUGUUCAUCUUUCUUUUCCUUAUUUGCUUACAAGUGUCCUAUUUUUGCACAUUGUUUCCUUCAUUACAGUGGAUAUUAGUUUUGUCACAUCACAAAAGUUACAUUAAAACAAUUUAAGUAUUUGAAAGUUACAUGAUAAGUUCAAAUUGUGCUUUAAGGUUACAUGUAGAUGAAGUAAAAUACUGAUCUAAUGUCGGUAACUUUUCCUCUUAACAGUUCAAGAUGCAUCAGAACCAAGCUAAAAAAGUGAUAUUUGGGGGUUUAUCAGUAUACAUUUUAAUGAAAUUUAUUUUAAGAAAGCUCUGUCUUUCUUUGGAUCUUCCUAGUACUCUCUGUAUGGAUCCUUUUUCUAGUUACAAGCAAAAAGAGAUCAGCUGAACUAACCAAAGAAACACGAGGCAAGUACACCAUAUGGAACAGUUAGCAGCAUAAUAACUACAGUAAAUAAGGAAUAUACCAGCCAUAGAACUAGCACAUACAUUGUUCCUCAUUAAAAUAUCUAAUUAUAAUUAUAUGUAAUUUCUUAAUAUAAAAUAAGUGAGACUAUUAAUUAUAUGCUGCAUAUAAGCAUGCAUAUGGUCUGUGACCUUAAUCAAAACAAAAAUGAAAAGAGAAGUUGCAAAGAAACAGUAAAGAUUACAAAAUAAAAUCUUGUCCACUGUAUCUUCAAAGCUGAACAUUCCAGAUCCCUCACCAAGUAAUAUUGCACUGUCUUGCGUGUUGUGUAAAGAGCCUUUUGUUUGUUGUAUAAAGUGCCUUGUAAUGGUUUAUUUUGUGAAUGGUGCUAUAUAAAAUAAAGAUGGUUACAUGGAUCAA